CAUGGUCAUUUAGAGCAAACAUAACAUCACAUAAUCCAUGCUCAGGAAUAUUUUCACAUAUUCAACAGCAAGUUCCAUUUCAGGAGCCAAGGCUUAGUACAGUACCUCUCUCUAAGUAGACUUCAAAGACUAAUCUUUGCCCUGUGUUUCAAAAGGUGUUAAUGAUUAGGCUAGAGCACAUUCAACUUGGAGCCUCAGUACAGAAGAUGUAGCUUUGUGUCAGUGAUAGGUUUUAGAUAGGGACUAUAUGGUCUCACGUUGAAAAUGAAAUCUGAACAGGGAGGACCAGAUGAUGACAAGAUGACUCCAGAGGAACACAUCGCAGAGCGCAAAGGACUGCUGUAUGGACUCCGAAGCUACAAAUUCAAAGAUGUCUUCACAUGCUGUUCAAAGCCAUUGCCAUGGGCCAGUGCCUCUCCACACUUAUCUGUGGCACAGCAGUCACCUCACAGUACCUGGCCACUGACUUCCAGUUGAACACGCCAAUGCUGCAAAGCUUCCUUAAUUACUCACUGCUGUGCCUCACAUACACAACUAUAUUAAUCUGCAGGAAAGGAGAUGGCAAUAUUUUGCAGAUUUUAAAAUCAAAAUGGUGGAAGUAUUUUCUACUUGGACUGGUGGAUGUCGAGGCCAAUUACACAGUUGUGAAAGCAUACCAGUACACCACUUUGACAAGCAUACAGCUGCUGGAUUGCUUUGUGAUCCCAGUGCUGAUGGUCUUGUCCUGGUUCUUCCUGAAGACGCGCUACAGGCCCGUCCACUAUGUGGCUGUGGCGGUGUGUCUGGUGGGAGUGGGGGCCAUGGUGGGAGCAGACCUCCUCGCCGGCAGGGACCAAGGAUCCUCUGCUAACAUUCUGCUGGGAGAUGGGCUGGUUUUGAUCAGUGCCACGCUGUACGCGGUGUCUAACGUGUGUCAGGAGUACACGGUGAAGAACCUGAGCCGGGUGGAGUUCCUGGGCAUGGUGGGCCUCUUUGGGACCCUCAUCAGUGGGAUCCAGAUGGGCAUUCUGGAGCACAAUGAGUUGGCUAACAUUCAGUGGAACUGGAAACUCGGGCUGCUGCUGGCUGGCUUUGCCCUCUGCAUGUACAUACUGUACAGUUUCAUGCCUGUGCUGGUCAAGAUGACCAGUGCCGCUGCAGUCAACCUCUCCCUGCUCACCGCAGACCUGUUCAGCCUCUUCUUUGGCCUUUUCCUUUUCCACUACUCGUUCUCUGUGCUCUAUAUCGUGUCGCUGGUGGUGAUCCUUGUGGGGUUCGUCAUGUUCAACGCCGUGCCAACACUGACCUUGGCCCCCGCUGCCGUCCCACAGCCGGAGGACGGGCAUGUGUACCAGGGCUCUGACUUUGAGGUGACCUCCACAGAGCCAGUUACGCCACAAGGCGAAGGAGAGGAGCAUUGUGAUUCCAACGGCCUUACGUGGAGGGAACCAACAUAUAACCAAUUAAUGAGCGGAGAGGAGAGGGGAACAAGACUGUAGCCUUUUAAAGAAUGGUGCCUUGUUCAUAAUCUUUACCAUUUUCACUCCAUACGAAGUACAUCAUCUAGUGAACAACGACACAGAUGAUUUCACUAUGUAGAGUACUAUAGUGAAAUAAUGAAUAUUUCAAACAAGUUUAGGUUCCUGAUAAUAUUUUUUAUAGUCUACCGUACUUUCUGUCUGCAGUUAUUUAUCGUUUCUAUACGUUUAUGGCCAAACUACUUUCCAAAGUGCUGCUAACAUUUCCACAAUCAAAGAACUAUGGUGACACAGAACUUCAAAGUUCAGUGUAUGUCAAGCAAUGUGUUCUGAUUUUAUAGCAAUAAAUGUUUUUAAAAAUC